GACCUUUACUCAAAGUAAACCCCAUGCACUAUAGCAACAGCAAAGAGUGAGGCAUUGCAGAAGGAAGCAGAGGCAAAGCUAUCGCUUUCAGGGUCCCAAAGUGCCUGGCUGGCCACCAGCAUGCUCUGCUGGCUGUGCUGGCCCAGCAGCACCUGGCACACCAGCUUGUAGCGGGGUGGCACCACCUCCUUUGCCCGGCCCCGCAGCAGCUCAGCCAGGCUCUGCAGCAGCACUGUGCUGCCCUGGGGGCUGUAGGCUGUGCCCCCCAGCACCCUGGCUAGGACUCCCUCCAGCACCCGCUGCACCCGCCCUGCGUUGAACCUGCAGCCUUCCUUCGGCCCCAUCCUGUACGUGUUUUCCAGCUUGCUGCCAGCUGCAGCCUGGACUGCAGCCAGACUAGGGACACAGUGCCCUGUGAUAUAGGCUUCUCCUCCUGGACACCUCAAAAAACACCUCAUGAGCAUCCACUGCAAUGGAUGGAGAAAAGCUGUGUGAACUCUGCUGGGAGCGGCACCAAGAUCUAUUUAGGGAAAGUGGAGACGGCCUUUGUGUAUCUAUCUGCUGCUGAAGGUAUUUAUAGCUCACUGCAGGCUCGUGCUGCCAAGCACGCCGGCAGCUGCACUCUGCUCUGGGCUCUGGCUGUCCUUUCCUUCCACCCGCAUCCACCGCUUUCCUACGCAGACCCGAGGGCUGCAGAGCACAGUGCUGGUGAUGUGACGUUCGUGGUGGGCCGGGAGAAGCAGCAGGUGUUUGCACAUCGCUGUGUGCUGGCAUGCCGCUGCCAGGCAUUCCGGGGGAUGCUGACAAGCAACGAGGAUCCCCUCAGCAGUGUCCCAGCUCAGGGACCCUUCAUCCUGGGCAAUGUGCAGCCAGAAGUCUUCCUAGCCGUCAUUGAGUUCCUCUACACUAACAGCGUCACUCUCAACAGCCAUACUGUGCUAGAGGUGCUGACCUCAUCGGUGGAGUACGGCCUGCAGGACCUUUGCAAGCUCUGUGUGGAGUUCAUUAAGGACACGCUGAGUGUGGAGCAGGUCUGUGAGGCCCUGCAGGCUGCAGUGACCUACGGGCAGGCAGAUCUCCAGAAGCACUGCCUGGCGUUCAUUGAGAGCUACACCAUGGCAGUGGUGCAGACACGGGGCUUCCACGAGCUCUCCGACACGGUGCUGGCACGGGUGCUGCGCAGCGACCACCUGGCUGCAGAUGAGCUGGACCUGGUGCAAGCUGUGCGGGAGUGGGCGCAUGUCAGUUCGGCAGUCCUGGGGCGCCCGGUACCUGAGGUGGCCGCUCUGCCUGUGCAGGAGCUGCGCCUGCCCUUGCUGGCACCCAGCGAGCUGGCAACGCUGGAAAGCCAAAAUCAACGCGACCUGCUCAUCCCAGUCGAUAGCAUCGCAGCAGCCUGGCGGUCCCAUGCACUGCGGUGUGGAAGCGGGGUGCCCCCCCACCUGUGUCGGCCCCGGCACGGCACGCGACCCCGCAACCACCAUCGCCACCUGGACCCACACAGCAAAUUAGGGGCAGGAUAGGAGGAUCAUGCCCGUGCGGGGCUCCGGGGCAUCCGAAGGAUGGGAUGGGGGCACAGGAUGAGCCCCCAUUCAACCUUAUCCCAUCCAGGUCUCAUUCUUCUCCGAGGCGGUGCUGCCCUCCGCUGGCAGCAGGACUGUGCUACAGGAGUGCACCAGGGCCCCCGCGUGGCAGAGACGAAGAAGGGCCUCAGCGUGGCAUGAGGCAGCUCCCAGACUCAAGCCCAGCACAGCCUGGGCUGCAAAAUCCCCAUCACCACCCCCGUCCUCUUUGCACAGCCCAUUGCACGCACAGCUGUGUAUAUCUCAUCCACCCCCGGAGUUGUGCCCCCCAGGAGACAGGGUCAGACACAGCGGAUAAUUUAUAUAUAAUAUAUAUAUUUACUCUUUAAAAAUAAACCUUCAGUCCCCACUACCGCCUGUACAAACUACAAAAAUAAACCUUUGCUCUCUUUGA